CGUCUCCUCCUGUCUGCAGGAAGAGGGAAGCGUCUUCAGAACGGAGUGCGCGCUUGGCCGGUGGGUCCCGCGCCUCGUCCCUCGUGUGUCGGCGCGUUCCCCGGAUCUUUGUGGUCCCAUCUGGGCUCGUGUGAGCGCCAUGCAGGCAGCGGGAGGCGCCGGGCCUCGGCCUCUGUUCGGCGGGGCGCUGUCGGCCGUCCUCCCCCCCGCGGCCCGAGACGCCAGCGAGCUGAGGGAGAUCCCGGACAACCAGGAGGUGUUCGCCCACCGGCACGGCGACCAGAGCCUGAUCGUGGAGCUGCUGGAGUACCAGGGCCAGGUCGCGGACCGGGACGCCGCCCGGUACCACUUCGAGGACAUCGCGGGUGGUAACGAAGCUCUGGAGCGCGGCUCUUUCGAGGUGACCGGCGUUGUGCAGGUGUCCGGGUCCGAGGUGUCCCUGGCGGACUGCAGCUCCGCGUGGACGCUCACCGGCACGCAGCGCGUGUCCAAGUUCAGCGAGGAGGCGAGGAACACGGUGAGGCUCCACCUGGGUCUGUUCCGCCUGCCCCGCUUCUCCACCGACGUCCUGGUGACCUUCAACGACCCGCAGAGCAUCAGCCCGGACAGCAGCAGCGCCGCGGCGGGGAGCCACCGGGAGCCGUGGACCGAGCAGGACUUCCGGGUCCUGCUGCAGACUCUGAGCCUGCACGACCCGGCGCUGUUUGGGUAGAACGAGACCCUUUAGGCUCCAGCUCAUUUGAAAAGCACCGUAGGCUUCAGAACCCGGAUUCCUUUGGGUCUCAACUUGAAGGUUCUGUCUCUCCAUGUUGACCUUCUGACCUGUCGGAACUAAUCCACGAACAAAGAGCUGAAGGUGUCGUAAUAAAAGUGUCUGAUUGAACCCGUUUGUGUGUGGAUCACCUGACUGUUCACUUAAAUGUGCUGUGAAUGCACAAUAACAUUAUUUAGUCAUCCUGUUCCCUUCCUCCUACUCCCUCAAUCAUUUCCUGCUUCCUAACCCUCACCUGAAGGUUUGUAUCCAGGAAUAAAACUCUCCAUUAAAUAUC